AUGCUGGCAGGCAGAUACAGGCAAGCUGGCAGGCAGAUACAGGCAAGCUGGCAGGCAGAUACAGGCAAGCUGGCAGGCAGAUACAGGCAAGCUGGCAGGCAGAUACAGGCAAGCUGGCAGGCAGUUGGAGGCAAGCUGGCAGGCAGUUGGAGGCAAGCUGGCAGGCAGAUACAGGCAAGCUGGCAGGCAGAUACAGGCAAGCUGGCAGGCAGAUACAGGCAAGCUGGCAGGCAGAUACAGGCAAGCUGGCAGGCAGAUACAGGCAAGCUGGCAGGCAGUUGGAGGCAAGCUGGCAGGCAGAUACAGGCAAGCUGGCAGGCAGAUACAGGCAAGCUGGCAGGCAGAUACAGGCAAGCUGGCAGGCAGAUACAGGCAAGCUGGCAGGCAGAUACAGGCAAGCUGGCAGGCAGAUACAGGCAAGCUGGCAGGCAGAUACAGGCAAGCUGGCAGGCAGUUGGAGGCAAGCUGGCAGGCAGAUACAGGCAAGCUGGCAGGCAGAUACAGGCAAGCUGGCAGGCAGAUACAGGCAAGCUGGCAGGCAGAUACAGGCAAGCUGGCAGGCAGUUGGAGGCAAGCUGGCAGGCAGUUGGAGGCAAGCUGGCAGGCAGAUACAGGCAAGCUGGCAGGCAGUUGGAGGCAAGCUGGCAGGCAGAUACAGGCAAGCUGGCAGGCAGAUACAGGCAAGCUGGCAGGCAGAUACAGGCAAGCUGGCAGGCAGAUACAGGCAAGUUGGCAGGCAGAUACAGGCAAGCUGGCAGGCAGAUACAGGCAAGCUGGCAGGCAGUUGGAGGCAAGCUGGCAGGCAGUUGGAGGCAAGCUGGCAGGCAGUUGGAGGCAAGCUGGCAGGCAGAUACAGGCAAGCUGGCAGGCAGAUACAGGCAAGCUGGCAGGCAGAUACAGGCAAGCUGGCAGGCAGAUACAGGCAAGCUGGCAGGCAGAUACAGGCAAGCUGGCAGGCAGUUGGAGGCAAGCUGGCAGGCAGAUACAGGCAAGCUGGCAGGCAGAUACAGGCAAGCUGGCAGGCAGAUACAGGCAAGCUGGCAGGCAGAUGCAGGCAAGCUGGCAGGCAGAUGCAGGCAAGCUGGCAGGCAGAUACAGGCAAGCUGGCAGGCAGAUACAGGCAAGCUGGCAGGCAGAUACAGGCAAGCUGGCAGGCAGAUACAGGCAAGCUGGCAGGCAGAUACAGGCAAGCUGGCAGGCAGAUACAGGCAAGCUGGCAGGCAGUUGGAGGCAAGCUGGCAGGCAGAUACAGGCAAGCUGGCAGGCAGAUACAGGCAAGCUGGCAGGCAGAUACAGGCAAGCUGGCAGGCAGAUGCAGGCAAGCUGGCAGGCAGAUACAGGCAAGCUGACAGGCAGAUACAGGCAAGCUGGCAGGCAGUUGGAGGCAAGCUGGCAGGCAGAUACAGGCAAGCUUCCAUGUUCUCAGAGUUCUAA